CGGAACCGCGAUCCGCUGAGGUUUUCGCUUCGGGCGCCCGUCGAGCUGCCGCGUCGCUGUCCCCGCGCCCUGCCACUGUCGCGCCAAACUUUGGCCAGCACCGCCCAGGUUCGGUGCCAGGGACAAGCCAGGGAUUUUCAAGAUGAAUUAUACCGAGCCCAGCCCAUUGACAGAAUCAACUGCAAUAGAUUUUACACCUGAGCUAGAAAGUAUCAUACCUGUGCCUUCCAAUGAGACCACAUGUCAAAACUGGAGAGAGAUACAUCACCUAGUUUUUCAUGUAGCAAAUAUUUUUUUCACAAUUGGGUUGGUUAUUCCAACUACUCUUCACCUUCAUAUGAUACUCCUUAGGGGAAUGUUAACUAUAGGAUGCACCCUUUAUAUUGUCUGGGCCACUCUCUACCGAUGUGCCUUGGAUAUCAUGAUCUGGAACUCUGUGUUCCUGGGUGUCAACAUUUUGCAUCUGUCAUAUCUUUUGUACAAGAAAAGACCGGUAAAGAUUGAGAAGGAGCUCAGUGGCAUCUACCGCCGAUUGUUUGAACCACUCCGUGUGCCUCCAGAUCUGUUCAGAAGAUUAACCGGCCAGUUUUGUAUGAUCCAAACCUUAAAAAGGGGCCAGACGUAUGCUGCAGAGGAUAAAACCUCAGUUGACGACCGUCUGAGUAUCCUCCUGAAGGGGAAAAUGAAGGUUUCCUAUCGAGGACAUUUUCUGCAUAACAUUUACCCCUGUGCCUUUAUAGAUUCUCCUGAAUUUAGAUCAACUCAGAUGCACAAAGGUGAAAAAUUCCAGGUCACCAUCAUUGCAGAUGAUAACUGCAGAUUUUUAUGCUGGUCAAGAGAAAGAUUAACUUACUUUCUGGAAUCAGAACCAUUUCUAUAUGAAAUAUUCAGGUAUCUUAUAGGAAAAGACAUUACAAAUAAGCUCUACUCAUUGAAUGAUCCCACCUUAAAUGAUAAAAAGGCCAAAAAGUUGGAACACCAGCUCAGCCUGUGCACACAGAUCUCCAUGCUGGAAAUGAGGAACAGUAUCGCCAGCUCCAGUGACAGUGAUGAUGGUUUACACCAGUUUCUUCGGGGCACCUCCAGCAUGUCCUCUCUCCAUGUGCCAUCCCCACACCAGCGGGGCUCCAAGAUGAAACCAAUCGAAGAAGGGGUGGAAGAUGACGAUGAGGUCUUUGAGCCCGUGUCUCCAAACGCACUGAAAGUCCAUCAGUUGCCUUGAUCAGAGAGAGAGGUCAAGUGACCAAGAUGGAAAUUGUCUUGAAGAGAUCCUGAAAAAUACCAGCACUUCUUCCUGGCUUAUUGAUUAGUCUGCUAUAGCACUGAUAGUCUGAGGGCAGGAAAGUGAGGACAGUCAAAAAAUGGGAAGGUUAUUUGAGCUCUCCUUUUUAUUGAUCAGCUUUUUAAGCAAUUAUUUUACUGAGCCUUCUGACUAAACCUAGUUCUAUUUUGAGAUACAUAUUUUCACAGUGUUUUCUAGAUAUAUUAUUGUUUUAACUUAGCACUCUGUCAAUGCAAAUGCCUUUUCACU